AUGGCGCUCUCGCAGCCGCUCUGGCUGACCCUGCUGAUGGCAAUGGUGGCGCUGGCUGCCGGAGCCAGAGCGGAGGACGUUCCCACUCUGAGCACGCUUGAUGGCAAUGUUACCCUGGCCUUGGAGAGUGGCAAGGAGGCCGCUCUAGCACGCCAAAAUAUGAUCAACUCGACCACUUUUGCCGCACUUGAGAAUCGCGUGACCCAGCUCGAAGGUGAUUCGGUCACGCAGACCGAACUGGCGGAGGACCUCGACCAGGUUUUGGUGGAUGUCUCAGAGCUCCUGGACGAGGAGCUCGCCUACGUGUACGGCAACUUGUCCCUCAUCAACUCAUCCUUUGCCAAUACCUCCUUCAACGCCAAUAGCAACGCCAUCCUCAGCUGCUUCUCUCAGGGCCUGGUCUACGAUGGCGAGUUAGACCGUUGCGUGCCCACGUUUUUGCACCAAGGCUGCCACACCGGCGGCCCCAACCUUGCAAACACCGCCGCAUCCGACUGCAGCGGCACUGGCUUUGACGACACCUGCACGAUUACUUGUGUGCCGGGCUUUUCGGCCGGCACCACAAUCGUGUACAGGUGCAACGCGCUGGCCGAGUGGGUCCCAACCACAGACCAGGCCCUGGCUUGUGUGGACAUUGACGAGUGUGCGUCAGAGAAUGCCUGUCCAGCACAGGCCACUUGCAUCAACCUUCCCGGAUCCUAUGAAUGUCGGUGCCCAGGCGGCUUUACCGUUGCUCCAACCGAGCAGAGUUGUUACGGCCUGUACCUCGAGUUUCUCGAACAGCCCGAGAUGGUGCAGUUCCAGUUCACCGGCAACUGUCAAAAGCUUCAGCGCACAAUUUCCAACACCAUCCCCACCAAUGCCGUGGCUGUUUUGGCCUCGCUCACAUUCUACAAUAGCCAACAAAACGACCACUGCGUCUACUCGCUGGGUCGCGACAACAAUGUUGCGUGCUACAACUAUGACAAUGAGAUUUACACAGUUGAUGGCUACUUUGGGGACAUCUUGCAAACGCAGAAUGGUGAUGCGGGUGGGGCCCAGCAUCACGGCUAUUCUGCUGGUACAACCAUCAUUCCCCUCAAUGGACGUACCAUCAAGGCAUUGGUCGGCGGCAUGUCCCGAGGAUACAACUACCUCGCCGUGUACAUCUAUGGUUAUCUCACGGGAGCUGCGCGCUCGACCCUCCUGGACGUGGGCGACAUCCAGACCCUGAAGCGGCAAUCUUCAUCCGCCGAGCGCUUUGAUUUCACACUCGAUACCACGAACCUACCGCUCACCAACAUUUCUGGUCUUCUGACCACGACCACCACCUAUGUUUCGACUCAAGACGACCAAUAUGCACUAACCCCUCCUCGUCUGCAACCCAGUUUUGGGGCGACGUGGUACAGACGCACGAUGGUGAUUGCUUCCGAGGCCACUGACACCUACGGCAAGAGCAAAUUCAUGAUGACGGGUACGCUGGACGACGGAACCACAAACGUCAAUGCUGGCUCAGGCUUUAACAAUAACGGGGAGAUGUACUUGUCCAUGGCCGUCUUCGGUUACAUCCCAGCGGUCCCUUACACCAACAUUGUUUAUUUGGACAGGUCCAAGUCGCGCAAACUCACCUUUGCGCCCACACAGCGUACGGUGCAAACCGGAAUAUCUGCCCCAACAGAGUCGGGCGUGCCAGCGGAUGCCAUCGCUUUGAUCACGACCAUACACACAUUUGAACCGACCGACAGCUCAGACCACGUCGUCCACACCUUUGGGCGCGAUGCCACGCACACGAUCAACGCCUGGGGAAUCAACAUUUAUAAUUUUGGAAGCCGUUUCAAUGACGUCCAAAUUACGCAUGACGGUGGCUCUGGUGCCGAUUCAGCCUACGGCAUCUGGCACGGUACUCAAAUCAUCCCCCUCAAGCCAGAUGGCACCUUUGAUGCCGUCAUGUGUGAUGGCGAGUCUACGCCGGGCAAAGCACACGACAUCACGAUUGUCGUCGUGGGCUAUAUUGCCAGUCUGUAA